AUGUCCGCGCAAGGGUUGCUGAGCAGCGUUUUCUCAUGCUCCUCGCCAACAUCCGAAACAAUGUCCAAACGGAGACUGAGACAGACUAGAAGUUUGGAUUCAACUUUGAUAAGACACUAUGGGAUCGAAACGGAUGGGACAUCGGGUCAAACAGAUCAAAAGAGCCCCCAUACUUCAACCGGAAGCUCAAGCACUUUAUUUUCACCUAGAAAGUGGCUUCAAAAGAAGCCAUCUCCACCAUCCAUCCCUCAAUCAUACGCUGUAUGGAAAUCCGAGGGUGCCUUCACGUGGAACAGCAUGUCGGGGCGGAGCGUUCGUCUGAAGCCCGUGCCCCUCCAGAGCCUCUCAGAGCUGGAGAGAGUCCGCCUGCAAGAAGUGGCUUUCAGCAGGCUGCUCCAGGACUACAACCUGGGCUGCCAGAUCACCAUCCCCAAAGAUGGUCAAAAGCGUAAGAAGUCCCUCAGGAGGAAGUUGGAUUCACUGGCCAAAGAGAUGAGUAAAGACAAAGAGUCAACACCCCAGGCCUUCGGCAUACUGCUGUCGCAGGUGAUCUCUAACGAUCGCGCCCACAAGCAGCGUCAGGAGCCCCAGCGCGAGGAGCACCGUGACCCCAGUGACCUGGUGUCCUCCCUGCUACACCUCACCUCACGGAAGAGCACCAAAGACAAGGAGCUGUCCAGCAGCAACUCGUCUCUCAGCUCCACCUCUGAGACGGCCACUGAGUCACCCUCACCCAGCACACCCGAAGCAGCACCACACACCCGCAGGAGGGGAGGAGUGUCUGUGGAUUGCAUCACUGACCUUGAUGACAAUCAGUCUCGCCUGCUGGAAGCCCUGCAGCUGUCCCUACCAGCCGAGACACCCAGCAACAGGAAGAAGCAGAGGGACAAGAAGCUUAGCCUCAACCCCAUCUAUAGACAGGUUCCCAGGGUGGUGGAGAUGUGCUGCCUGCAUCUGGAGAAAUAUGGUCUACAGACAGUUGGCAUCUUCCGUGUAGGGAGCUCAAAGAAGAGAGUGCGGCAGCUCAGAGAGCAGUGUGACCUGGGAGUGGAGGUCCAGCUGGACGAGGCUAACAGUGUCCAUGAUGUGGCUGCGCUGCUUAAGGAGUUCCUGAGGGAUAUGCCUGAACCCCUGCUGACCAGAGAGCUCUACACCGCAUUCCUCAACACCAUGUUACUGGAUCAUCCAGACCAGGAGAGCACCAUCCAGCUACUGGUGUAUCUGCUGCCACCAUGCAACAGUGACACCCUGCAACGCCUCCUGGAGUUCCUGGCCACGGUGACCGCCCACGCAGAGGACAGUCAGGACAGGGAUGGACAUGAGAUCACAGGGAACAAGAUGACAUCACUCAACUUGGCCACCGUCUUUGGGCCCAACCUUCUACACAAACAGAAGAGCUCGGACAAGGAGUUUACUGUUCAGAGUUUUGCCCGCGCCGAGGAGAGUACAGCCAUCAUUGGCGUGGUACACAGCAUGAUCACCACGUAUGAGACCCUCUUCAUGGUGCCGCCUGACCUGCAGAAUGAGGUUCUGAUGAGUCUACUAGAGACGGAUCCUGACGUGGUGGAUUACCUCCUGAGGAGGAAGGAUUCUCAGCACUCUGGUCCAGGCCCGCUGAGGACUGAGGAUCCCUUCUCUUUGAGGGAGAGGCGCUGCUCCAGUGACUCCAACAAGGCCUCCAGUGGGGAGUUGUCCCCCUAUGACAACAACUCACCAGUGCUGUCGGAGGGGCUGCUCUCCCAGCCCCAGGAGGACAGAAACCUCCUCUCUGAUAGGCUCUUCAGGGUUCCAGAGCAGUACACACUGGUUGGCCACGUCAAAGGUCGUCCUAGCAUCACCUGUCACUCACCAUCCACAGGCAAAGACACACCCGAUGAACAUGUCUGGGGUGCCUGGCAUGCCUCUCUAAGGAAAGGGUUUAUGGAUCAUCACAUCACUGGUUCCCAUGGCGACGUUUCAGAACACGGCUCCUGCGGCUCAUCAGAGGGACUCGACCGUCACCAAGGUAACAACAGCAAACUGCCUGUCAGACGAACUUAUACCUCGUUAGGUGUGCCUGAGUGCAGACCACACCCCCCGGUGACUCGCUGCAGUAGUAGCCCUCUGACGGAGAGAGGGCAAAGACAGCAGGGUACAGACUCAUUAUUACAUCACCGACCACAGGGAAAACCAGGGGCCGGCAGCUCAGAGGACUUCGCACUAAGGGGCGGAGUGUCACAGCCUGCCAGUCCCUCCCUCAGAGGCAGGCCUGGCGGCAGGGUGGAUGGAAGGCCUCCCCCUCCCUACCCUGGACCUCUCAGAGGAACACACAGAGAAUGUUCUCACUCCACACCUUCCCUCUCCCUCUCCACGCACCAGUGUGUGACCCCACAGAGCCCCCAACGGCCCCCCCAGGGCAGCUGCAGCCCCAGGAACUGGACUGUGACCCCUAAGAACCCCUCCUCUAGUCCUCUGGAAGGAAAGGUGCCAGUCAGCCCGGAGUGGCAGAGAGAGAGUUGGCAGAUAUGGAAGCUCUUAUCAACAGACAACACAGACACACUACCAGAGACACUGGUGUGAUGGGUUGAGUGCACCCACUAACUUUAACCACUGUGUUACCAUGGGGAGAGGAGGGAUGGGGGGUUCCUGUAUGGUUAUGUUGAUCUGUUACUUACUGAGAUGUGCCAAUUGUCUGUGAGUAACGGUGUGUUUGCUUGUUAAUGUUGUUGUUUCACCCUCCUCAUGUGUUACCUACAAUUUUUUUCAGAAGUUUGACUCCAACAUUUUGUCACUAAGACAUACCUUAAAAGAGACACAAAUUAACACCACUGAGAUGUGACAAUCUGAGUAUUUUUGGGGGCCGUUAGUAACAAAACACUUUAUUUUCAUACCAUGUCAUUUAUAUGUUUUAUAAUGUUAUUUUUUAUUCAACUCAGAAUAAUGGUGUAUGAAUGAAUCUGAAUGGAUCAGUACUAAUGGCUUACGUACAAUGUUCAUUUUUAUAUUCUAAUAUCAUCCUAUGAGAUAAAAUGCUGAUAUUAUAACCAAAAUCAAAUACAAUUAUCGUAUUGAAACAUGA